AUGGUCACAGCGAAGGAGAAAGAAGAAUCGAAUAAAAAACUGAAGAAGAAGAUGCAAAUUGCAGACCCUAUUUGGUUUGAUCUCCAGAAGAAAAAAGAACGAAUUAUACAAUCAUUACGAGAUGAAGAUUUUUACAACGUGGAUGAUGAUGAUGAUGAUGAUCAAAUUGAAGAGGGUGAUUUUGAAAACAGAUAG